UGUCUUCUCGGCAAAGGUUUGGAACUCUUCUAGUUGGAAUAUUUUUUUUAUUUUUAUUUUUCACAAAAAUCACGGAUGCUUUUGAAACCUUGGUUGUUCUCAUCUACAGAGCUCGGUAAAGAUAAAACAUAUGAGGGCUUCUUUGGUGAAGCUGUUUGCAGCUUAACUGGUGAGUAGCUUUGGGAGCGAGCGAGAGAGAGAGAGAGAGAGAGAGAGAGAGAGAGAGAGAGAGAGAGAGAGAGAGAGAGAGAGAGAGAGAGAGAGAGAGAGAGAGAGAGAGAGAGAGAGGCAGCAGCAACCAGAUGGGGGAAAGCAACCCAUGGCGCUCUUGAACCAUCAGCUGCGUCCGCAUCAGGUGGAUAUCUGCACAUCAACCAGGGCGCACGAAACUGAGUCCUCCUCCUCCCCCUCCUUCUUUCCUCCUCUUCCUCCUAUGCAUCUGCUUUUUUGGAGGGGGGGGGGUAGCAACUUCAAGUUUAUACUAAUAUUGGCCAAGCGCUGGGAGCAGACAGACCGAGUGCAUAAAACUGAGCGGAAAAAAGGUUUCAGAGUGAAACAAGAAAAAAUGGGAAGAAAGAAAAUACAAAUCUCUCGUAUUCUUGACCAAAGGAACAGACAGGUGACCUUCACCAAACGUAAGUUUGGACUGAUGAAGAAGGCGUAUGAGCUGAGUGUGCUCUGUGACUGCGAGAUUGCCCUCAUCAUCUUCAACAGCACCAACCGUUUGUUCCAGUAUGCCAGCACAGACAUGGACAAGGUCCUGUUAAAGUACACCGAAUACAGCGAGCCGCAUGAGAGUCGCACCAACACCGACAUCGUGGAGACGCUGCGGAGGAAAGGCCUCAGUCUGGACGGCUCGGAGCUCGACAGUGAGGAGAGCGGACAUGUAUCAGAUGAUAAAUAUCCUCUCAGCGAAGGCGUGGAUCUGUCGGUGGCUCGCCAGCGCUUCUGUGGUCAUCCACUGCUCUCACCAGAAGCACAGUUCCUGGUUUCUGCAGGCCCUGAAAAUGGUUUCUCCGCCUCCUCGGUACCCAGCAUGGCCUCCCACAGACCGCCGGGGUUCAAACCCCUGGGCUCCCGACCGGGCUCCACCAGCCCGGCUGCAUCACAUGCACACCAUGCAUUCAUGUCACCACAUGCAGGUCUGGGCUACUCCAUGUUCCCCCACAGCAGCCUGAAUCGAGCUCUGGAAAUGAAACCCCCUCCUCCUCUGAGCCUGGGCAGUGAAAACCUGCGGGCAGAGGCUGCUAAUCAGGGCAUGGGGGCCACACGGGCAAACCACAACUCUGCUAGGAGUCUGUUGUACCCAGGUCUGCACAGCAGCAGCUCCAUGGUAGCCAUGAGCAAAGGAGGCUUUUUGAGUCACAGUCUUGGAGGAUACGGCCUCCCCUCUCCUGGAGCCUCUGGUGUGUCGGCUAUAGCUGCAGAAUACAGCCAGCCUGGUUUUUACCACUCUGUAAGUUUACAAAGAGGAGUGAUGAAUCCAUGGCAACCAGCACAAACGCCUCACGAGUCUCACGGGCCUCAUAUCAGCUCAGGGAUGUCCAGCGGGGGGUGCUCCUUCCUCACUCAGUCUUGCUCCUCUAACUCUUCACAUCUGCCUUCCUUCAACCUCAGCAUCAAAUCGGAGCGCAGCUCUCCUGACCACAUGUCCUCGCCCACCUCCCCUCCCCUACAUCACCUGAACAGGCAGCGUUCUCCAACCAGCAACACGGAUGCAGCUUGCCACACCCCUCCAGAAUCCCAUCCAGCCAAUCAGACAAAGGAGUUUCACAAAACUAGCUACCUUCAAGAUGCAGAGGAAAGAGGGCUGAGGCAGUUAGAGAUGAGCGACGGCUGGCAGAGAUAGCCAACUGCUCCAGUCUGCCACCACCUCCCAUUCAACAGCUGCCAGUAAAACCAGUAAAUUCAGAUGUGUCUCCCACAUCUCAGAGUGGGACGCCUCUUUCUCCUCGUACAGAGCUGGUCUCUCCUGGCUGGUGGAGAAGUCCUCCAUGCAUCACUUGCUUUAAGAGGAGCUGGAUGCAUAAAGACGUGUGCUUUAUUUCCAGUAGGUGUGGUAAAACAUAACAUUUGAAAUUCAUAUUUUUCUUUUUUGCUUUAUAAAUUCAGCUGCAGCAGCCAAACGGGACCACACGAGGUUCUCCAGAACGUACCCGCAAACCUUUCCCCAUGUGUGUGUUAAAGGUUCUAAUCUUGUUCCAGUCCGCCUUAAAAGGUAAACGGAACAGAAAUAAAGAACAAUACACACAGUUUCCUCUUUGUAAAAGGAUCAAAACGUGUCCUGAACUUACUUAAGCAGAGUCUCAUGAACUCUUGGCUUUCAUUCGGUGAGAAGAUCAAGUCAAAAGUGUUUGCAAUGAUGAAAGAUUAAAGAAAAAGUUAUUUUAACAAGUUAAAAAUGUCUCGGUAAUUAUCUGGUAGAGUGUUGAAUGCAAAAGCUUUGCUCUUCUUGAAUUUGGAGGCAGGGAUUUGUGAAUUACUAUUUAUUUGAAGUAGAGCUGUGUGUCUGUUACUCGCAGAAGGAAAAGACGUUUCACUAAAUAAAACUGAUUUCAGAGAUUUUUUUCAACAUGUUAGUUUAAGACAAAUAUAAAAGAGAACUGUCUCUUUGCUUCAGACAUUUGUUUAUUUUUAGCGUUUUAAUUUUAAAGCUUUGACUUUAACUCCAAAUACUGGUCGCCAUGUUUUCUCUGUACGCUGCAAUACUGCUGCUUGAUGACUAUCCCUGACUCAGCAACAGACACAGGUGUUUGAAUUUAGUUUGGUUUGAUUUCAGCAGCAUAAACUGCUUUUGCUCAACGCUUUUGUUAAUAUAACUGAAUUCAUUAUAAUCAGGAAAUGAUUGGAGACCUGUUGGAGGCGUGUCCUGCAUCUCAGGCAUUGACUGUAGUGAUGGGAAUUCCGGCUCUUUUUAGAGAGCCGGUUCUUUUGGCUCAGCUCACCAAAAAGAGCCGGCUCUUUCGGCUCCCAAGUGGCUCCUCAGAUUUUCUGUUGCGUAGAGUACAUUUGUAACCAAAAUAAUGCAAAACUAUGUGUAAAAUGAUUUACUAAUGUAAAAAAAAUGCUAUAUAUCAAAUAUUUAUCAUUUCUAUGGAUUUAAUAACUGAACACUUUCAGAAAUCUCCACUUUCCGAAUGCUGACGCACAUUUUCUCACCGUCUUCGUCGCACUCUCCUCUCUCUCGCUCGCCUUUUUCCUCCUCCUCAUUCCCUCUCGUCUCCCUCCACCCACAUGUGCUCUGCUGUGUGUCUGAGUCUGAUCCUCCCUCUUCCCCGCCCCUACUGCUCUGUGUGUGGACAGUCUGGACACGCAGUUACAUGUGUUGACCAAUCGCCUGUGGCUUUCACCAAAGCAAAAGGGGAGGGGGGAGGGGAGGGGACGGCUCCCAAUGACGAGCCGGCUCCCGUCGUUCACUUCAAAGAGCCGGCUCUUAGAGCCGGUUCGUUCGCGACC